AUUGUUACGUCACACAGCAACAUCAACCUCCAUUAAAUUACAUUGCAUUGAUAACACUGCAAGAGUCGUGAAGGCGAUAUCUUCCCUUACAAGGCUACAUUCCAUUUUAUUGUUUGCAAGACGACUGAUACGCUUUAGAACGUUUCUGUUUCUUAUUUAUUUGAAACCUUUUGUAAAUAAAAGGAAGAAUUUAUAAUGGCCAAGUGGGGACAAGGGGAUCCGCGUUGGAUUGUGGAGGAAAGAGCCGAUGCUACAAACGUGAAUAACUGGCACUGGACUGAACGGGAUGCAAGUCAGUGGUCAAAGCAGAAGCUAAAGGAGCUGCUGGUGGGCAUUACUGUGGACAGCGAAGAGGGCAGCUGUCAGAUAACGGACCUGAAAAAAGCAGAGGGAGAGGCAUCCUGUAACAACAGGAAAGGCAGACUCAUUAUUUUUUACGAGUGGGACCUGAAGCUGACCUGGAAAGGUAUAUUAAAAGGAACUGGGGAUAAACAGAGGGGAUCUAUUGCAAUCCCCAACCUUUCAGAAGAAAACGACAUUGAAGACAUAGAGAUAAGCAUCUGUAGGAAGAAGGGGGAAGGAGACACACUAAAAGACCUCAUGAAAACAAAAGGAGUCCAGAAGAUUAGGGAGGCCCUGGCUUGUUACCUGCAUUCAUUACGCACAGAGUUCACUCAGGGCAUGGUGCUUUCAACACAGUCGAGGAAGAAAACAAGCGAGUUUGCUAAACAGGGUUUGUGUGGACACACGGUUGUGGAUACCGUAGGCGUGAGGAUCCCAACAUGCAAGCUGAUCCUCAAGGACACGUUUGUCUCAUCUGCAGCAGAGCUGUACAAGGCUUUCACAUCACAAGAGGAGUUGAGAAAGUUCUCGGGUGCAGAGUCAGUUGCUGAAGCUCAAAAGGGAGGAAAGUUUAGUCUCUACAACGGGGAAGUUACAGGAGAGUUCCUGGAGCUGAAAGAAAACGAUCAAAUCGAUAUGAGAUGGCGAUGUCGGAACUGGACUGCUGAACAUUAUGCCUCGGUGACUGUGAAACUGCUCGAUGUGUCUGGCCAAGCACAGGUGCAGGUGGAGUGCAAAAAUAUCCCUGCUGCUGAGGAGCAGAGCACGCGGCUGUGCUGGCAGAGGACCUACUUUGAUCCCUUGAAACGGCUACUCUCGCACUGUGCAGAAAUGCCCACUGAAUAAAGAGAGCCGUGUGGCCAACGCUGACUAUAUUUCCUGUC